CAUUCCUUUGACGGCUGAAGACCAAAAAAGAUGUCUAGAGUGAAACUUGUUGGUGGACGUCCUAUCACAGCUGAAGAAGCCAUUGAUAUUAGGCAGACAGUAUUUGGAAGUGCUUCAUCUCCACCCAGAGGAGAAUGGACACGAACAGGCUUGGUCUUUUCCAAAGACGGAUAUACAUUUGGCUUAAAAUGCCCUAAAAAUGCAACCAGAGGACUUCAAUCUGUGAUUCAAGCAUUUCUUAUCAAACACUUUAUUUUUGAGAACCGUCCUAAAGAAAAGUCCAUACCAAUUGAAAAGUUAUUAAAGCCAAGUGAAAGUGAACAAAUUUGUGCAUUAUGGACUUGUAUGUCUGAAAUCAUAUGGAAUAUAGGAGAGAAGAAAAAAGCCAUUGUCGUUCUUCCAUGUGAUACUCCACAACCGCCUAUAAGUCACACAAAUCAAUAUUUUCAGGAUAAUAUUACUGAGAAGCUACAUAUAUUUGAGUUUCAUAAGUUGGAUGACUUGCAAAUAUUUAUGAAGCGUUAUCUUUUCUUCUUUACUGACGAUUCAAGUCCCGGAGCACUAUUGUUGUUAUAUUCAGCUGUUUGGACACGUGGGUUUGAAAAUGUGCGUGCGGAUAUGGAUUUAAAAAAGUCUGGACAUUUGCUAGGAAAUCAUGAAGAAGGCUCUUUGAAUGUUAUUACUUUAUUGCUUUCUGGACGAGCUACUCCUUACUUGCAUAAUGGUGUGAUUUAUGUUGGAGAUGAGGAUCAUUACGCUUUACCCCAGUUUGGUAUUUUAUGUCGAUCGGGAGUCGGCUUAUUAAUUUGGGAUGGUGAAGGUGCAACUCUUACAACACGCCAACCCGGCUCAAGAUUGAAAACUCCGGCUUUUCCAAUUUGGAUAACUUGUUGCACUGGGCAUUAUGGUGUGAUAUUUAAUUCAAAUAAGGAGCUCCUUCGUAAUUAUCAUGCAGAGAAACGUUUUGAAUUGCAUCACUAUACAUGUGGAAAUUUAUUUUUAUCGAUGACUGUGGACAACAGAAAUCAAGAUGAUGAAGAUGGGUAUUCUUCGCAAAAAAUGCCAAAUCCAAAUAAUAAAUGCGACUUCAAAGAAAAUGAUGCGCUGAGUAUUCAAAUAUCGCCAUUGGAAAAGCUAAUUCGGACAAAAUGGUGUGAUGCUAAAAUAACAUUUCAUCAUCAAGUCGAACAAAUGAAACUUAUGCUGUAAAAAAACAUUACUCU